GUGCAGAGCUGGGAAAGAAUGCCUGGGAAGAAACAGCUGGGCGGGGGGUUAACCCAGCGUCCUGUUCCGCUGUCUUCCAGAUCUCUGGGAGAAGAAGGGUUCAUAUUGGCCUCCCUGCGCAGAGACAGAGCCCCGCCUCGGUCUGACUGCUGCACACCUGGACAGGUAAAGGUGGAGCGGACACAGGAGAACACAGCUCCUGACUUGGAACAACGAGGCUGGUUGUUUGUUAAAACGGGCAGUAUGGGAGAGGCACCGACCAGAGAGGAGGGCACAGUGACUCGCUCUGCAGAGUAUGUUGGCUCAUUUGUUGUGGAUGACUGCUGUUUGGACGAUCAGAUAAAUCAGCUGCACACACAGCUCAAGCACUUAAAGACAUGCAAGAGAAGGAGGCCAGUAACCCUGAAGUUCUCCCUCAAAGGGGUAAAAAUGUAUGAUGAGGAUGAAGUGACCCUCCUUAUGGCUCAUGCUUUGAGAAGAGUCUCUCUGUCCACCGCCCGCCCAGUUGACUCCCAGUUUGCCUUCGUCUCCCAUAACCCAGGAAGCACCGAUGCUCAACUUUACUGCCAUGUUUUUAAAGCAAGGCAUGCCAGAGCGGCCCAGUUCCUGAACCUGCUGCUCUGCCGAUGUUUCCAGCUGUCUUAUCUGGAAAAGCAUCCAGAAGAGGCACAGGAACAUUGCACCGGGUCAUUGCCUCGGCGUAACCCCUCGCUGCUCAACCAUGGCUUCCCUCUUAGUGUCAGUGCCCUGGUUUCCUUCAGAAGAGCUCCCUUUCGAGGGUUGCUGUUAAGCACAAAGAAAUCUAAGAAGUCCUCCACUGAUCAUCUCGAGAGCCAAGAUGACGUUUUUUCCUCCUCCAUUCCCUCACUGAUGCGCAGGAAAGUCAUCCGCAACAAAGGACUACGGUCUGGUGCUUACCGCUCCUUCACUUUCACACCGCACAAACAGCGCAACGUUCAGGAGCAGCUGAGCGCGUCACAAGGAGAGAGUCAAGACAAGGUGCCGGCGAAGAGAUCCCGAACUCCAAGCUUAGCCGAAACAGAAGAGGCGUUGGCUCAGGCAGUGUGGUGUUGGGCUGGUCUCGCCACUGACAGCUGCUACUCCCUCCUAGCAGAUGACGUUCUAGGAUCAUACCUUCUGUGCCCACAUCCUAGAAAACCUAAAUGUGGUUCUCUUAUCAUUCGCUUCCGCUCUGGUCUGAUCACCCACCUCAUAGAAAACACUCGUAAAGGGAAGUUCUUGUUGGAGAAAUGCAAGACAGAAUUCAACUCCAUUGCUGAGCUCAUUGAAUACUACUCUGUGACCCCAGAUGAGCUGCCUUGUCCACUGAGCUGUGCAAGAGUGAACCACUGCUAUGAGUGGGAGGAAAAUGCUAACACACAAAAGGCUAUAAAGCAAAUCAAAAACUCCACCAAAGCCAGAUUUAAAAGUACCCACUGAAGGGAGCAUGUCCAAACUACGAGACGUGAGCUGCCAACAUCUGAGGAUACUGAUUAAGAGACACUCUUCUCAUUCUUUUGCACAUUUUUUUUUUUUUUACAUUUAAAUCACGUUUCUCACUAGAAAAAUCGUGCACCUAUAAUCAGUGUUGGCAAUUUUUAUAUGCUCUUAUGCACCAAAUUAAUCAGGGUACCUAUUUGUCAAAGAAGUAAUAUUAAUUGCUUAAAGCUUUUAUGUAAAGUCAGUUUUUUCAGUAUUUUUUUUACAUGCCUGUAAGGCAUUCCAAGUUUAAAUGUUCUUAGAUACCAAAGUUUUAAGCAUGGACUUUAUAGCAGGGUCUUAACUUUUCCUUUUUUUUUAAGUUUCCUUGAUCCUCCAAGGAUUUACCUCAGUGAAUAACCAUGUUUUACUCUGAUCGUUUUUGUCUUGUCUUCAUAUUGCUGUGUCUGCUAUUAUAUGCUAUGUUGCUCGUUAUUUUCAUUCUAUUUGCUAAUGUGUACAGUUAAAUGUAACUAAUUUUAAUCCAAACCAACAUUCGACUGAAUGUUUACGGGGAUAAAGUUUCAUCAUUUCUAAUGAGCUAUUUCCAUGAACCGUCCACAUACAGUUUGUUUUUUUUAUGCCCAUUUUACAAUAAAUCUAUUAUCAUUCCA